UACAAAAGCUAAGGUUGUAAAAUAGUGGCAAGGAUUCCUGGAAAGCCACGUCAAUUAUAAAUAUGGAUCAUUGGAGGGGAUAUAUAUAUAUAUGAUAAUGUAUAUGCGAUGGGUGUUUUGCCUGAGAGUUGAAACAUCAUCAUCAUCUUGGAGCAAACUAAGCAGACAGCCAUGGCAACCAGUCAAAUGAUCUUCUUUCUCAUCCUCUUCCUAUGUUCUUGCUCUUCUUCUUCUUCCCUUAGGAGGACCUCACCUUCUGGAACUAUAGGGGAGAAAAGCAAGCUGAGUGGAGGUGGUGGCAAAGGAGGAAUGAGCAACGGCGGCGGCCAAAGCGGCCAGCCCGACGUGGGAUCAACCAACCAAAAUCCCCGCGGAUCGUCGGCGGUGAUACCCAUAUAUGCUGCGAAUGCCCACCACAACUCCCACCGCAACGCCGCCGGCGGCAACAGCCCCACAGCAAUUCCGCCCCUGUUUUGUGCCACUCUUUUGGCGUUUCUUGUAUGAACCAAUUAAACUAGCGGCGAUUAACAGGAGCUUCUAUCUUUCUGUUUUUUUCCUGCUCCGAUUGUACAUAUCAAUCACUUUGUAAGUAAAUACUGUGCAAUAUACUUUAUGUUUCUCCAGUAUC